UCUGAGGCGCAAUUUCCGACAGUGAGUGGAAUGGCCGCGAUACAGACGGGAAGACACAAGCGGAUAAUGUUCGCGUUAAUUAAGUGGUCGGAAGAUGGAAAGUUCUCAAUUCUGCCAACUGAACACAUUCGGGAUUUUGAUGAGGAGGAAUACUUGGACGGUUUGGAGGAAAAGGAUGUUUAUUUGGUGGAGUGGCGACAAGGCGCCAAGGAGCCAAAAGGCGGGUGGCCGGUCUAUGAAGCCUCCAUCAUCAAGCUAGCAGAAAGGGAAAAAACCUUGCAAACAAAACUUAAGGAAAUUGAGGAACAACUACCCAAGCCAGAGGUGCUUAAGAGAAAAAGUAAACCUUCUAUGAAACUCCUUGAGGCCACAGAGGUAGACGAACCAGCAGCUAAGAAAAAGGCAUACCCAACAGACCAACAAAACGAUCUAAGGUUAUGGAAUGAAAAGAAAAUUGAACAUCUACAGCGUGUCAUUAAUCAGUUGAGAGAAGAGAACUCGAAUCUAAAAAGAGAGAACGAGAGGCUGAAAAAUGAAAUACUUGAAAAAAUCCCACCUCUCCUUCAGGCUACAGAACAUUUACUUACCAAGCCCAUGACAAUGAAUGCAGAUCUUCCUGACAUGUCAAAGUCUCAACCUGAUGCUACCCUCCCUCAUUCUCCUAAAGUGCCCAACUAUUCAUGCAAAGCUUCUACAUCUGGUGAUGCUAAAGGUACCAGUGAUGCUGAAUAUGUGGAGAUAGCACAUGCUACAGGAGUAAAAAUUCUUAAACAUCAGUGGGCUGCUGCUCUUCAGGCCAAAACACCCACUUCAAUGGUGCGUGUUCUUCUGAUGGCUGCCUUCCCACUGGAGGUUUUGAUCCAGAGCAAUUUAAAAGGUAAACAGCUUUGA